UAAGAUAUCCCUAGUUUAUAAUUAAGUUUCUAUUUUAAUACAUCGAUAUUUUUCGUCUUAUACGGAAAUUCAUUUAAAUAAUAUAAUCCCUUUGUAAGACAAAAUCAAUGCCCAUAAUUGCAAAGAUAAUUGCAUUGCUACUAUAAUUGUAUUAUCAAUCAUGCUUAUCAGAAAACGAUGUGCAGCCAGUUGUCGGAAUACCCAUUUCAAUGGGUUUCCAAAAUAAACCUAUAGAACAGAGCUUCACUUGCGGAACUGUGGUGUGUUUUAGAUAUCACCCAAUUUAGUCACAGUUUGGGAAAUUCCUUGGACUGUUUACCGAAGAUAAGACAGUACGCGUCAGUACGCAUCAUUGGGAAUUUUUCAUUUUCAAUUAUUGUUGCCUUAUAAAAGACACAAAAACCAUGGACUGGUCAAACAGUUGGGAUCUCACAACCUAGCAAUGAAAGUUCUAACAUUUGUAGUACUAAUAGGGAGCCUUCUUGUGGCUUUGGCUACAGCAAAGCCACAAGGAUAUCACCAUGGAGGCAUUGAACACCAAAGAUGGCCAUAUGAAGCGAGCAAUGAUCAGCAGAAAAUGGGUCAACGACCGAUGACUGUUGAGGGCUCUCAUGAUCGUCCUGACGAGCUUCCAGGUAGUGGACAGCGUCCUCCCUAUAACCACGAACUAAGUCCGUUCGGCGGUCAACGUUCUCAGCCCGAUCAGCGUCGUCCCUAUAACCGCGAGCAAGGUUUAUUCAAUGGACAGCAAUCGCAAGGUUCAUCCAAUGGACAGCAAUACCAACCCGAUCAGCGUUCCCCCUAUAACCAGAAGCAAGGUUCAUUCAAUGGACAACAAUCGCAAGGUUCAUCCAAUGGACAGCAAUCGCAAGAUUCAUCCAAUGGAUGGCAAUCCGAAUCCGGAUUGUCCAAUGGACAGCAAUCGCAAGAUUCAUCCAAUGGAUGGCAAUCCGAAUCCGGAUUGUCCAAUGGACAGCAAUCGCAAGAUUCAUCCAAUGGACAGCAGUUCCAGCCCUAUCAGCGUUCUCCCUAUAGCCGCAAGCAAGGUUCAUCCAAUGGACAACAAUCGCAAGGUUCAUCCAAUGGACAGCAAUCGCAAGGUUCAUCCAAUGGACAGCAAUACCAACCCGAUCAGCGUUCUCCCUAUAACCAGAAGCAAGGUUCAUUCAAUGGACAACAAUCGCAAGGUUCAUCCAAUGGACAGCAAUCGCAAGAUUCAUCCAAUGGAUGGCAAUCCGAAUCCGGAUUGUCCAAUGGACAGCAAUCGCAAGAUUCAUCCAAUGGAUGGCAAUCCGAAUCUGGAUUGUCCAAUGGACAGCAAUCGCAAGGUUCAUCCAAUGGACAGCAAUACCAACCCGAUCAGCGUUCUCCCUAUAACCAGAAGCAAGGUUCAUUCAAUGGACAACAAUCGCAAAGUUCAUCCAAUGGACAGCAAUCGCAAGGUUCAUCCAAUGGACAGCAAUACCAACCCGAUCAGCGUUCUCCCUAUAACCAGAAGCAAGGUUCAUUCAAUGGACAACAAUCGCAAGGUUCAUCCAAUGGACAGCAAUCGCAAGAUUCAUCCAAUGGAUGGCAAUCCGAAUCCGGAUUGUCCAAUGGACAGCAAUCGCAAGAUUCAUCCAAUGGACAGCAGUUCCAGCCCUAUCAGCGUUCUCCCUAUAGCCGCAAGCAAGGUUCAUCCAAUGGACAGCAAUCCCAACCCGAUCAGCGUUCGCCCUAUAACCAGAAGCAAGGUUCAUUCAAUGGACAACAAUCGCAAGGUUCAUCCAAUGGACAGCAAUCGCAAGAUUCAUCCAAUGGAUGGCAAUCCGAAUCUGGAUUGUCCAAUGGACAGCAAUCGCAAGAUUCAUCCAAUGGACAGCAGUUCCAGCCCUAUCAGCGUUCUCCCUAUAGCCGCGAGCAAGGUUCAUCCAAUGGACAGCAAUCGCAAGAUUCAUCCAAUGGAUGGCAAUCCGAAUCCGAAUUGUCCAAUGGACAGCAAUCGCAAGAUUCAUCCAAUGGACAGCAGUUCCAGCCCUAUCAGCGUUCUCCCUAUAGCCGCAAGCAAGGUUCAUCCAAUGGACAGCAAUCCCAACCCGAUCAGCGUUCUCCCUAUAACCAAGAGCAAUCCCAACCUGGUCAGCAUCCUAAGUAUAACCACGAGCAAGGCUCAUUCAAUAGGCAACAAUUUCGGCUGUAUUUUCUAGGUCGUACUGACAAGCGUCCACACAGUGUACAGCGUAUUCCAUAUGACCACGAGCUAAGUCCGUUCGGUGGUCAACGUCCUGAGUCCCAUCAGCGACCUCACUAUAACCACGAGCAAGGUUCAUCCAACGGACAAGAACUUCAACCCGAUCAGCGUCCAUCACAUGCGCACCAUCGUCAUCAUGAUGGCAUAACUUUUGAGCCUGAACUGUCGACUACAGUCGAGCCUGAAGAGUCGACUACAGUCGAGCCUGAAGAGUCGACCACUGUCGAGCCUGAAGAGUCGACCACAAUCGAGCCCGAAGAGUCGACCACAGCCGAGCCUGAGGAAUAGAUGACCCUGGAGCCAGAGGAAGGUACCACAUUAUAGAAAGGUAAACACUUUCUAUUGCAUAUGAAAAUAUAUUUGUAUUGAAUUGAGUAUUCUAUUAAAGUGUUGGUAGACAAGCACAUAAAUCUUCA